GUCCAUGUUAGUUUAGAUAUGAAUAAAGGAUCAUAUACGGAGAUACUCUUCCUCAUAAAUAAAAGAGAAUAUAGGCCCAAUAUACCACUUUGGGUUUGAAACUAAGGAUCUACCCUCGAACCAAAAAAACCCUCGGCCACUUUGUACCUUUGUGUUGCAUUUGACUAUUAUGCCCCUAAAGUGAGGACACGCAAGUGAGAUUAGGGUUAGCAGCUGUCUUCAGCGAUAUCUCUCCGAGUACGGUUGGAUUCGGCGUGAUAUCUUCGAGUACAUUUUUAGCUUCCUGUUUCCGACUUAGGUCUGCACCUAUCUCUUUCCCAGCCACUCCUCAUGGUUGUGAAGCGUGUGAGGUCCAAAUCUGAAUCUUCGGAAAAUCGGUGAAAAGAUUUGAUUGUAACAGAGAAAGGCGGGAUGUAAGGGUUAUCCGCAAACGUUUAGGGUUCUCGAUUGGCUAUUUAAAGCAACCCCUCAGAGACAUAAAUGUCAACUUGCUCUGGUAGAGAGAGAACGAGAACUGUUAAAGAGAGUAUCAGAAAGUUGGAAAUAUCCUUUUACAGUAGUCGUUAUCUCUUCGAUUAAGUUAACGCAUUUAAGAUGGGUCAGCUUGUUAAGCUGGUCGUCGGUGUGUGGGAGCAAGUUAGCACUGUUGGUUGGCUGUUCUUGGAAGAUCCAACAGAGAGGAACUAUGAUGUUAUGGUUCAUGAGAGCCAGACAUAUGCAUCUUUGAUGGAUCUUGUGCGCACACGUUACAGUGUUGACGCACACACAGCAGUGGCUCUAACCUACGAGUUCCCCAAAUGGAUGAAGGUUUCUGGAGAUGGCUCAACACCUCCAGGUGACGUAAAAGAAGAUGGUGAUGUGGAUUUGUUCAUGUUGAUCAGACUUGAACUGCCUGAUCUAAGGCUAAUGGUGACAAUUUGGAAUGAUAUUGUUGCACGGUAUCUUUUCCAGAAUAGGGACAACUAUACUGUUAUCGGCAGCUCAAUGGGAAGUGUGCCUCCUAGUACGUUCUGUUGUCAGGGUUAUAAUGCUGGAAAUCACAUAUCCUCCACGCCGUUGCACGAUUUGCACGGACCCUUACAUGAUAGUGCUGCUUAUUGGGAGGGAAUGCUUGCACAAGGAUGGCAGUCAUCAAACCAGCAGCUCCUGUUGGAUAUUUGCACUGACGAUGAGUAUGCAUAUUUGCCAAAGAACAACUUAUCUAUGAACAAACGAGCUCAUGUAACCUCUGUGGAUAGUAGUGAAGGAACACAAUCUUCGACUGACUCUUCUACAGCUCCAUCCGGUGUUGUUCCAACCCACUGUACUGGUGGUAUCCUAGGACUUGCUGAAGACAAUCUUCCGCCAGUCAAUCGCCCCAGUAUGGCACUAACCAUAGUUGAUCCGCAACCACGGAAGCCGACAAUACUGGAAUAUCUUACGAAGGGGAAGGGGAAAGUAUCUGAUGCAGUCCAUGUUGGCCAGAAAAGGGAAAGACCCCGCAUCGACCAUAGGGGCUGUCGUCCAAACCCCAACUUCCCGGACCCCCUUCUGGAAGAGGACUCCACGGAUGAAGGCUCGCAGGAUGAGGGGACCAGACUUCUGUAUGUCGGUCAGGUAUUCAUGGAUCGGUCGGCAUUCAAGACCCACAUGUCCCUCUAUGCCUUGGCUAAGAAAUUUAGGUUUCUCUGUAGACGAUCUGAGCCUGGCAAAAUGGUUCUGGAAUGUAAGGGUGUUGAGUGCCCCUGGAGGGUUUCUGCUGCAAAGUUGCCCGGAUGUCCGAGGUUUCAAAUUAAGAGGUUGAACGAGGAGCACACUUGUACUGUGGAUGAGCGUAGGGAUUUCACGAGACAUGCAACAUCAAAUCUCAUUGGAGAGAUGGUGAGGAGCAAAUAUGAUGGGGUGGGUUCAGGACCUAAACCGGGGUCUCUUAGGGAAUUUAUGCGCACGGACCAUCAAGUCCCCAUCACCUACUGGUAAUCACUGAGUUCAUCUCGCUUAGCUAUUGGUUAAUGAAGCAGUCAGAUGGAGUUGACACAUUUCCCAUAACGCAAAUUGUUACAAAUAUUUUGUACUAGAUAUAUAUGAUAUGGUAGCGUCCAACUCCGUAAAUAAUUGAUAACA